GCCUCUGCUCGUGAUUUCACGCUUAGAAGCGGUUCUAUCUUUCUCUUCGAUCUCUCUCCCUUUUUUUUUUUUUUUUCCUUCCAUUCUCGUACUGGAAGUCGGCGCAUCUCUGAUUUGAGCAGUUAAGUUGGAAUUGAUAAAUUUCAAGCGGAUUUGGAUUCUGCAAUUUUAGAGGGAGAGGAGAGGAGAGUUUUCUAAAGAGUUCCUGAGAGCUAGAGCGUGUGAGAAAGAGAGACGGAGAGAUGGAGGAGAAAGGAGGUGGUGUCGGAAAGAAGUUAAAGAUUGGAGUCUGUGUGAUGGAAAAGAAGGUGAAAUGCGGCCCGGAGGUCUUCACGGCACCGAUGGGACAAAUUCUUGAGAGAUUAAAGGCAUUUGGUGAAUUUGAGAUCAUACACUUUGGGGACAAGGUCAUCCUUGAAGAUCCAAUUGAAAGCUGGCCAAUAUGUGACUGUUUAAUUGCCUUCUAUUCCACUGGCUAUCCCCUUGAAAAGGCCGAGGCAUAUGCUGCUUUAAGGAAACCUUUUCUGGUAAAUGAGUUGGAACCGCAGCACCUUCUUCAUGACCGAAGGAAGGUAUAUGAGCGUCUUGAAAUGUUUGAAAUCCCUGUUCCAAGAUAUGCCCUUGUCAAUAGAGAAGUACCAUAUCAAGAGCUGGAUUAUUUUGUUGAGGAAGAUGAUUUUGUUGAGGUUCAUGGUAAUCGGUUUUGGAAGCCAUUUGUGGAAAAGCCAAUUGAUGGAGAUGAUCAUCGUAUUAUGAUAUAUUACCCUAGUUCGGCGGGUGGAGGUAUGAAGGAAUUAUUCAGGAAGGUUGGUAAUCGAUCCAGUGAGUUCCAUCCUGAGAUCAGAAAAGUGAGGCGUGAAGGCUCCUAUAUAUAUGAGGAAUUUAAGCCCACCGGAGGAACAGAUGUCAAGGUGUACACCGUUGGCCCCGAAUAUGCACAUGCUGAGGCUAGGAAGUCUCCUGUUGUGGAUGGUGUUGUUAUGAGAAAUCCUGAUGGCAAGGAAGUGAGGUAUCCAGUGUUACUUACACCUACUGAGAAACAAAUGGCAAGAGAGGUUUACACCGCAUUUAGGCAAGCGGUUUGCGGGUUUGAUCUCUUGCGUUCUGAUGGACGUUCAUAUGUUUGUGACGUGAAUGGGUGGAGCUUUGUGAAAAACUCAUACAAGUAUUAUGAUGACGCUGCUUGUGUCUUGAGGAAGAUGUUUUUAGAUGCAAGAGCUUCUCAUCUUUCUUCAGCAAUUCCACCAACUUUACCGUGGAAACUCAAUGAACCAGUCCAGCCUUCCGAGGGAUUAACUCGUCAGGGAAGUGGGAUUAUUGGCACAUUCGGGCAGUCUGAGGAGCUACGUUGUGUAAUUGCUGUUAUUCGUCAUGGUGAUAGGACUCCCAAACAGAAGGUGAAGUUGAAGGUUACUGAGGAAAAGCUGUUAAGUUUGAUGUUAAAGUACAAUGGGGGGCGACCAAGAUCUGAGACAAAACUUAAAAGUGCCAUCCAGUUGCAAGAUUUGUUGGAUGCCACACGAAUGCUUGUUCCUCGUACUAGACCAGAUCGAGAAAGUGAUAGUGAAACGGAAGACUUUGAGCAUGCGGAAAAGCUUCGUCAAGUCAAAGCAGUGCUUGAGGAGGGUGGACAUUUUUCUGGUAUAUAUAGGAAGGUUCAACUAAAGCCACUAAAGUGGGUUAAGGUUGCAAAAAGCAAUGGUGAAGGGGAGGAAGAACGACCUGUUGAAGCUCUCAUGGUUCUUAAAUAUGGGGGUGUUCUUACACAUGCUGGCAGAAAGCAGGCUGAAGAACUGGGUAGAUAUUUCCGAAAUAACAUGUAUCCAGGAGAAGGUACUGGCCUGCUUCGCCUCCAUAGUACAUAUCGUCACGAUCUUAAAAUUUACAGCUCUGAUGAGGGUCGUGUGCAGAUGUCUGCGGCUGCAUUUGCCAAAGGCCUCCUUGACCUUGAAGGGCAGCUAACACCAAUCCUGGUUUCACUUGUAAGCAAAGACUCAUCUAUGUUGGAUGGACUUGACAAUGCCAGUAUUGAGAUGGAAGAGGCCAAGACUAGGUUGAAUGAGAUAAUAACUUCUGGUGCAAAGACAGUCCAAAAUGAUGAAUCAUCUGAAUCCCCUUGGAUGGUUGAUGGAGCUGGGCUGCCUUCAGAUGCAUCUGAACUUCUUCCCAAAUUGGUACAAUUGACUAAGAAGGUCACUGAACAAGUAAGAAUACUUGCCAAGGAUGAAGACGAGGAACUAACUGAUGUGAUCCCACCUUAUGACCAAGCAAAGGCACUUGGUAAAACAAACAUUGAUGUUGAUCGCAUUGCUGCUGGGUUACCAUGUGGCAGCGAAGGAUUCCUUUUGAUGUAUGCUCGCUGGAAAAAGCUUGAAAGAGACUUGUACAACGAACGCAAAUUGCGGUUUGAUAUAACUCAAAUUCCUGAUGUCUAUGAUUCGUGCAAGUAUGAUCUCUUGCACAAUGCACAUCUUAAGCUAGAAGGUUUGGAUGAACUCUUCAAAGUUGCUCAGUUACUUGCAGAUGGCGUCAUCCCAAAUGAGUAUGGAAUCAAUCCAAGGCAGAAGCUGAAGAUUGGCUCAAAGAUUGCUCGCCGUCUGUUAGGUAAACUGCUGAUCGAUCUGAGGAAUACUCGUGAAGAGGCCAUCAGUGUUGCUGACCUAAAGAGCAAUCAAGAUCAACAUUCUCCAUCCAUGAAAACUGAAAAGGAAGACGCGGAAUAUCAAUCAAAGCUUUACAUUAAGAAUGAUGACUUGAAAAGAAAUAGCACUACAAGCAAUAUAUCAAUGGAGCAGGAUGAUGACGAUGAUAAAGAGACCAAAUAUCGUCUGGAUCCAAAGUAUGCAAAUGUCAAGACACCUGAACGCCAUGUGCGGACACGACUUUACUUCACAUCAGAGUCUCAUAUCCAUUCUCUCGUGAAUGUCCUCCGUUACUGUAACCUGGAUGAAUCUCUUCAAGGAGAGGAUAGCCUUUUUUUCCAUAAUGCUUUGGAUCGUUUAUAUAGAACCAAGGAGCUUGACUACAUGAGCUACAUUGUGCUGAGGAUGUUUGAGAACACAGAGGUAGCCUUGGAAGACCCAAAAAGGUUCCGCAUAGAGGUGACUUUUAGCCGUGGUGCAGAUCUAUCCCCCUUGGAGAAAAAUGACAGCGAGGCUGCUUCAUUGCACCAGGAGCACACGCUGCCCAUAAUGGGUCCAGAAAGGCUGCAAGAAGUGGGAUCAUAUCUCACCUUAGAGAAAAUGGAAAAAAUGAUUCGCCCUUUUGCCAUGCCAGCAGAAGAUUUCCCUCCGCCAUCAACUCCUGCAGGAUUCUCUGGCUAUUUCGCAAAAAGUGCAGCAGUGCUUGAGCGCCUGGUAAAUCUUUGGCCUUUCCAUAAGCAUGCAAAUUCUAACGGAAAGUAACGAGGACUUCCACUUAUAUUUUGUGUCCAACACCCCCCCCCCCCCAAAUUCAUUUGGUGCUUUUGAUAUUUGAAUAACUAUGGUUGGUUGAUCGGGUAGAGUGAGUUUUGAGUUUCUUUAUAGAGAAAAUUUUGCAAUGGUCCGACAAUUUUCAACAAGAACGUGUUGGAAGUAUCCAUCUUGGAUGAAACUGACGGGCAUUGCUUACAUCGUUUUUUGUAAUUCCCUCAUUAUUCCAUUAAUGUGAAUAAAAGUAAUCAUCAGCUGAGUACCUUGCCCAGGUGCUUAAAGUCUAGAUUCUGUUAAAGUCCACAAUCAACUAUAUUGUUAUAUUCU